UUUUUUCCACAUUUUUAACCCUUAACGGAAAAAAGAUUGACAAAAACAAUAGGAUCUUGUUGUCAUUAAGACUUCAGUCUGUCAGUGAAGUGGGAGAUAAGUCCAUGGAGGAAAAAGGUCCAGUGAGUCAUGACCAUGGUAGUGCAAGUUCAGGUGAUGUCAAGAAAGUCAUAGAUCUCUAUAAUCAGGGAAAAGAAGCCAUCGAGUACCUCAACCUAUAUCUUAAAAAGGCUAAAGAAGUAGGAGACAAGCAUGGGGAGGGUAACGCUUACAGCAGUCUUGGCAAUGCUUAUCACCGUCUGGGUGAUUUCAAAAAAGCCAAAGAGUACCACAACCUACAUCUUAAAAUAGCUAAAGAAGUAGGAGACAAGCAUGGGGAGGGUAACGCUUAUAGCAGUCUUGGCAAUGCUUAUUUUAGUCUGGGUGAUUUCAAAAAAGCUAUAGUGUACCACAACCUACAUCUUAAAUUCGCUAAAGAAGUAGGAGACAAGCGUGGGGAGGGUGUUGCUCAUGGCAAUCUUGGCAAUGCUUAUUUUAACCUGAGUGAUUUAAAAAAAGCCAUUGAGUACCAAAACCUACAUCUUAAGAUAGCUAAAGAAGUAGGAGACAAGCAUGGGGAGGGUGGUGCUAAUGGCAAUCUUGGGAAUGCUUAUCACCGUCUGGGUGAUGUCAAAAAAGCCAUAGAGUACCACAACCUACAUCUUAAAAUAGCUAAAGAAGUAGGAGACAAGCAUGGGGAGGGUAACGCUUAUAGCAGUCUUGGCAAUGCUUAUUUUAGUCUGGGUGAUUUCAAAAAAGCUAUAGUGUACCACAACCUACAUCUUAAAUUCGCUAAAGAAGUAGGAGACAAGCGUGGGGAGGGUGUUGCUUAUGGCAAUCUUGGCAAUGCUUAUUCUAGUCUGGGUGAUUUCAAAAAAGCCAUAGAGUACCACAACCUAGAUCUUAAAAUAGCUAAAGAAGUAGGAGACAAGCAUGGGGUGGGUAACGCUUAUGGCAAUCUUGGCCAUACUUAUCGCCGUCUGGGUGAUUUCAAAAAAGCCAUAGAGUACCACAACCUACAUCUUAAAAUAGCUAAAGAAGUAGGAGACAAGCAUGGGGAGGGUAGUGCUUAUAGCAAUCUUGGCAAUGCUUAUUUUAGUCUGGGUGAUUUCAAAAAAGCCAUAGAGUACCACAACCUAGAUCUUAAAAUAGCUAAAGAAGUAGGAGACAAGCAUGGCGAGGGUGGUGCUUAUGGCAAUCUUGGCAAUGCGUAUCACCGUCUGGGUGAUUUAAAAAAAGCCAUAGAGUACCACAACCUACAUCUUAAAAUAGCUAAAGAAGCAGGAGACAAGCAUGGGGAGGGUAGUGCUUAUGGCAAUCUUGGCAAUGCUUAUUUUAGUCUGGGUGAUUUCAAAAAAGCCAAAGAGUACCACAACCUACAUCUUAAAAUCGCUAAAGAAGUAGGAGACAAGCAUGGGGAGGGUGUUGCUUAUGGCAAUCUUGGCAAUGCUUAUUUAAGUCUGGGUGAUUUCAAAACAGCCAUAGAGUACCACAACUUACAUCUUAAAGUAGCUAAAGAAGUAGGAGACAAGCAUGGGGAGGGUGGUGCUUAUCGCAAUCUUGGCAAUGCUUCUUAUAGUCUGGGUGAUUUCAAAAAAGCCAUAGAGUACCACAACCUACAUCUUAAAAUCGCUAAAGAAGUAGGAGACAAGCAUGGGGAGGGUAACGCUUAUGGCAAUCUUGGCAAUGCUUAUUUUAGUCUGGGUGAUUUAAAAAAAGCCAUAGAGUACCACAAGGUAAUUCUUAAAAUCGCUAAAGAAGUAGGAGACAGGCAUGGGGAGGGUAUUGCUUAUGGCAAUCUUGGCAAGACUUAUAGCCGUCUGGGUGAUUUCAAAAAAGCCAUAGAGUACCACAUCCUUCAUCUUAAAAUUGCUAAAGAAGUAGGAGACAAGCGUGGGGAGGGUGGUAGUUAUGGCAAUCUUGGCAAUGCUUAUUUUGGUCUGGGUGAUUUCAAAAAAGCCAUUGAGUACCACAACCUAGAUCUUAAAAUAGCUAAAGAAGUAGAACACAAGCAUGGGGAGGGUGUUGCUUAUGGCAAUCUUGGCAAUGCUUAUCACCGUCUGGGUGAUUUCAAAAAAGGCAUAGAGUACCACAACCUACAUCUUAAAAUCGCUAAAGAAGUAGGAGACAAGCAUGAGGAGGGUGGUGCUUAUGGUAAUCUUGGCAAUGCUUAUUUAAGUCUGGGUGAUUUCAAAAAAGCCAUUGAGUACCAAAACCUACAUCUUAAAAUACCUAAAGAAGUAGGAGACAGGCAUGGGGAGGGUGGUGCUUAUGGCAAUCUUGGGAAUGCUUAUCACCGUCUGGGUGAUGUCAAAAAAGCCAUAGAGUACCACAACCUACAUCUUAAAAUCGCUAAAGAAGUAGGAGACAAGCAUGGGGAGGGUGUUGCUUAUGGCAAUCUUGGCAAUGCUUAUCACCUUCUGGGUGAUUUCAAAAAAGCCAUAGAGUACCACAACCUAGAUCUUAUAAUAGCUAAAGAAGUAGGAGACAAAUCCUUGGAGGCAAUGGCCUACUCUUCAUUAGCAUUAGUUUUUGAGUUGCAAGGUAGACUGCCAAAAGCCGUUGAACAUUAUCAAGCUAGCAUAAACUUAUUAAAUUCCUUGAGAGUACUUCUAAUAUCUAAAGAUGAGUGGAAAGUUAAU